AAAUUGAGUGGUUCCCAAAAAUUUCAACGCUAAUUGCAGUGAUAAACACUGAAAGCUGGAUUCAGAGCCUUGCAUCAGAAAGCAACAUGACGGCAGAAUCAGACCAGACACAGAGAAACCUCCAACCCCACUUAUCAAAACAAGAUCUUUCAACUUUGAAAGUUGAAGAUCUAACUCCACUCACACCAGAUGUCAUCAGCAGACAGGCAACAAUAAAUAUUGGUACAAUUGGGCAUGUGGCUCAUGGAAAAUCUACUUUAGUCAAAGCUAUAUCUGGAGUUCAGACUGUCAGAUUCAAAAAUGAGAAAGUUAGAAAUAUUACUAUCAAACUGGGUUAUGCAAAUGCAAAGAUAUAUAAGUGUGACAAUGAUAACUGUCCACGUCCAGGUUGCUACAGAUCGUGUUCUAGCUCUAAAGAAGAUUCAUUUCCAUGUGACAGAUCAGGCUGCUCGGGCAGAUUUCAACUUCUUAGACAUGUUUCAUUUGUGGAUUGUCCAGGUCACGACAUUCUUAUGGCCACCAUGUUGAACGGAGCGGCUGUCAUGGAUGCCGCUUUGUUGUUGAUAGCUGGAAAUGAAUCCUGUCCACAACCCCAAACCUCAGAACAUUUAGCAGCUGUGGAGAUUAUGAAGUUAAAACACAUCCUAAUUCUACAGAAUAAAAUAGAUCUGGUGAAAGAAAGCCAGGCCAAAGAACAGUAUGAACAGAUUUUAGCAUUUGUAAAAGGUACGAUAGCAGAAGGUGCUCCAGUUAUACCUAUAUCAGCCCAGUUGAAAUAUAAUAUAGAUGUAGUUUGUGAAUAUGUCACAAAGAAAAUCCCUGUGCCAGUACGAGACUUUACUUCAGAACCUAGGCUAAUUGUUAUAAGAUCAUUUGAUGUUAACAAGCCUGGAUGUGAGGUAGAUGAACUGAAGGGAGGUGUGGCUGGUGGAAGUAUUCUCAAAGGUGUUCUCAAGGUUGGUCAGGAGAUUGAAGUACGACCUGGAAUGGUAUCAAAAGAUCAGGAAGGCAAAUUAACAUGUAAACCUAUCAAGUCUAGAAUAGUUUCAUUAUUUGCUGAGCAGAAUGACCUUCAAUACGCUGUACCGGGAGGUCUUAUAGGUGUUGGCACAAAGAUAGAUCCGACAUUGUGUAGAGCUGACAGAAUGGUUGGUCAGGUGUUAGGUGCUGUAGGAGCUCUCCCAGAUAUCUACACAGAAUUGACAAUAUCAUUCUUCUUGUUAAGACGUUUACUUGGUGUGAAAACUGAGGGAGAUAAACGUGGUGCAAAGGUUCAAAAAUUGACAAAGAACGAGAUUUUAAUGGUCAACAUUGGUUCCCUCUCAACUGGAGGUCGUGUUCUAGCUGUAAAGGCUGAUUUAGCCAAGAUUGGUCUUACUAACCCUGUGUGUACAGAAAUAGGCGAAAAAAUUGCUCUUAGCAGACGUGUAGAGAAACAUUGGAGAUUGAUUGGAUGGGGACAGAUCAGACAGGGAGUGAAAGUGACACCUGUAGAUUAAAUAACGUGUUCUAUAGACCUAAAAACUGUUCACCUAUGGCAUUUAAAAAAAAAAGAAAACAUGGAUGGAGGUGAAGAUUUCUGCCGUUUGAAUACCAACCAAGCAAACUUUGAUUAUUUCAAAUAUAUAAAUAACAAUUUUGCAGUUCCUGAUAAACAUGCUUAUUUAUAACAUUUUCAUAGAGACAUUAUCAUGAACUUCUAUACUCUCUGCAAAAUUAUUUAUUCCAAGCUUGCUUGAUAAUUUUAGUGCUGUUUCCAAACCUCUCGUAUGAGUUUAACUUAAAACUAUCAGAAUAUUUGGUUUAUCGUGAAGGAAAGUGCAUAGAAUUAUAUUGCCUUUUGAAUAUUUAUCAUAUGAACUUGAAAUUUUGUACAGAAACAAAUAAAAAAAGAAAAAUA